GCCAGGUGGGCAUUUUCCCGCCAGUGAGGGAUAGUGGAACAUCUCUGGAGUUUGUCUUCUGUGAAUAUGUAGCCAGGUGGACAGAAAAACUUGGGAUAUGUGAGGCUUUUUCCAAUCCAGGCAUGGAAAGUGUACAUGAGAUGAGACAAACAGGUUACUAAAUACCAUUUUGACAAACCAAAAAGCAUUUGGAGUUUGCGUUGAACUAGUUUGUAAUAGUGCGAUAGUGAAUAUAACCCCCGUAAACACUCAAAGAAUGCUUCCUAACACUGGAACGCUGCGCUUGAAUUCCUGCCCGGAGCAGACAAGCCCUAUAUGGGCCGGACGGGAGACCCGCUGGAGACAGAAUGCAACACGGCUCCGCUUCUCAAGACUUGGAGAAAUACCAGUGGACUUAAAGUUGCCUCCAAUCAUAGCCUUGAGACCAGGUGAGAGACUGGGAGCGGAAGGGUUAUUCUGCGUCCCUCCCAUCCUGGACGCACCCCACCAUCCCCUCCACCCCAACAGCUCUGACCUGCGUAGAUGGCUAUAAAAGAGACAGUGACUCUGGCGCAUCUCAGCAUCACCUGCGCUUUCAUCCUGAAGAAGGAAAACCAGGCAAAGAAAAGGAACAACGAUGCACUCGCUACUAAAGGUCACUGUUCUGCUGUUUUGCGUUCAGGCUGGAGAAGGACACUGGCUUAGAACGCUACAGGACACGGACCUCCGUGAUGAAGAACGUAGAGGAGGUGAUGGUGAGGCAAAGGAGGGUUCAGGGAGGCAGUUGGAAAGGGCGAUUCGGUUGCCCCGCAGCGCUGAGUCCCCAUGUGCUCUGCACUCCAUCCUGCUGCAGGUACGAGACCUCAGGUUGGGCUAUGACUCGGACGAGACAGUGCUAUUUAAGUACUGCAGCGGGACCUGUCCUCGGCUCGCCUCCAACCACGACCUCACGCUCGCCAAUCUCCUGCAAAGCGGCAUCCUUCAAUACACCGGCCAUUGGCACCAUCAGCCAUGUUGUCGCCCCACACACCACGAAGACAUAGCCUUUCUCGACAACCACCAUCGCUGGCACAAAGUGGAGAAACUCUCCGCUGCUGCGUGCGUCUGUAUGGGCUAGAGACGAUGGUGGCCAGCCAAAGACUGUCUGUUGGUUUAGAGACUGUACAAAGUGCCUUGAAGUAAAAUAAGGGAUGUUUAAGGUACGUUAAUUCAGGAAGUAAUAAUAUGUAUGUAUUAAAAUGUAUCAAGAUGUGUAUGUCGCUUUCUCUGAUGACAUCAGCUAAUAUUGUGUUUGAGAAUGUUAAAACGUUCAGUUUUGGUUAAUGACAACACAAUGACGUGUUUGAGUGGCCAAUUCUGAGUCAAGAUUGAUCUGACGAAUUGUCCAUCUGAACCAAAAAUGGAAGAUAUUUAUGUGUUAAUAAAUUAUUUAUUUAUUUGAAAACCAUUUUUACUACCCAAUAAAUUAUUAAUCUUUAUUUUUCUUCUUGUAAAUAUGUACAGUUCUGAUUAAAUAUACAAACAGAAGUUGUUUGUUUGGUUAACUAACUAUACUCUGAUUACAAUAAUGAACUG